UUUUCCAAGGUAAGAACCAGUGACAGUACUUUCAUAGGAUUCGUUGAAAGAUACUUCAAAAAGCUUUUUGAACUUCUAAGUCCUCUCCAGUUUACAAAAGGUGGACCUAUAAUUGCAUUUCAAAUAGAAAAUGAAUAUGGAAAUACUGAUGAUGGAGUAAAUCCCGUAGAUAAAAAUUAUCUGGAAAUAUUAAAAAAUAUGUUAUUGAGAAUGGGAGUGGUGGAACUUCUUUUUACGUCAGACACGCCUUCUAGUGGAUUUUCAGGCACUUUACCAGGAGUACUAGCUACUGCCAACUUUCAGACAGAUCCUAUUAAAGAACUCACUCUUCUAAAGAAGUAUCAACCAGACAAACCUUUGAUGGUUACUGAGUAUUGGACAGGUUGGUUCGACCACUGGACAGAAAAACAUCAUACAACACCUGCGUCUGAUUUUGGAAGAGUAUUGGACAAAAUUUUAGGAUUCGGAGCAUCUGUUAACUUUUAUAUGUUUCACGGUGGAACCAGUUGGGGUUUUAUGAACGGUGCUGACUUGAAAAAUAAAUCUGUGACCGCUAUCGAUAAUGAAGGAUUUCAACCGGAUGUAACAACAUACGAUUACAACGCUCCCUUGUCAGAAGCAGGAGAUUACACCGAAAAAUAUUUCAGAGCCAAAGAAAUUAUGGCCAAAUACAAUAAAUUAAACAUUGUUCAACCGCCAAUGCCAAAUUUAACUCAGCGAUAUGCAUACCAAUCUGUCAGAAUUACUGGAGAAAUUAGCUUACAAGAUAUUACAAACCAACUACCAAGCAUAAACACAAAUAAAUUAUUACCUAUGGAAUUGUUACCAAUUAACAACAAUUCGGGACAAAGCUAUGGAUACAUCAUUUACAAAAAUUCGAUUAUUAAUAUACCUAAAAAUUCUAUUUUACAAAUUAAUGGUAGAGUAUGUGACACAGUUUUGGUGUUAAUAAACGGUAUAUUAAAGAACAAAAUCCUUGAAUCUAAACAUGAUCUAAACGGUUUUGGUUUCUGGAAACAAAAAGAUUCUAAAUUAUUUCUCGAUUCUAAAGAAUAUAAAAACGCAACUUUGGAGCUUCUUGUUGAAAACUGGGGAAGAGUAAAUUAUGGAUUUUUGCAACAAUUUAAUCAGCACAAGGGAAUAUGGCAAGGAAACGUAUUACUGAAUAAUAAAGUAGUUCAAUUUGAUAAAAUAUUUCCUCUAGAAUUCAAGAAAUCGUUUACAAAAAGUUUAAAUCAUUGGAGAAUCCCGAGUUUUACCACAGGUCCAAAAUUAUUUAAGGCUAUUAUCAAUAUUACCGAACCAAAAGACACUUAUAUAGAUAUGAGAGACUGGAAUAAAGGAAUUAUUAUUGUUAAUAAUUUUGUUUUAGGGCGGUAUUUGAGUUUAGGGCCUCAGCACAGUAUUUAUUUGCCGGCAGAGUUUUUGCAUAAUGGCGAAAAUAAAAUUUUAGUUUUUGAACAUUUUAUACCUGCUAGAACAAUCAAAUUUGUUGAUAAUCUAAUAUUUAAACAAAUAAAAAAACAGUUACAUUGAAACACGUCUUCGUAGUCCUCUAAUCAUAUUUCAAGGUAUGAUUUUGUAUUUUCCAUAUUGGUAUUUAGAGAUGAAGAUGACAGUAUGUAGGGUAAGUAACACCACUUUCGCUAUAUUGGUAUGAAAUGUUGACAUUUGUAUAUCAUUUUCAUAACAUAAAGAAUUUUAAAAAAGUUACCUUCUCAUACAUUUUUAUAAAUAUUUAGUUUCAAAGAGGUUCCUUCUUGGUUAGUGGUUUCCAACUGGUGGUCCAUGAGAGCUUCGGCAGUGGUCAUCGGUAGUUGCCCAUGGGAGGAUCCUAUAGUACAUAUUCAAUAGUUGCCAAUAAAUUGAGAUUUUGGAAGCAAUGUGUGUUAAAAGAAAUGGAGGGAUUAUAAACUUACUGAG